AUGUUUUUCUUUCAAUUGCUCCUUGUUUUCCUUCCACUUUUUCUUCUAAAUCUUUCUAAAUAUUUUUCUUUUUUUUUCCAUGAUUCUUUUACUUUCUUCAUAAAUAUUCUUCUUUUUUUCUUUGUAUUUUUCUUUCAUUCUUUUUCAGUUUCUUUUGCUUUAUUUCCUUCCUCUCUUCAUUGCUUCCUUCCUUUAAUAUAUUCCUGUUUUCCUUCAUUCCUUCCUUCCUUUAUUUCUAUGUAUUUAUUUUUAAAAAUAUUUUUCAUCCUUUCAAAGUAUUUUCUUGUUUUAUUUCCUUCCUUCCAAAGUAUUUUUCUUUUUGAAUAUUUUCUUUCAUUCUUUCUCAGUAUAUUCUUACCUCAUUUUCUUUCUCCCUUUAUUUCGAAGUAUUUUUUAAAAAUAUUUUGUUUCAUUCUUUCAAAGUAUUUUCUUGCUUUAUUUCCUUUCUUCCUAAGUAUUUUUCUUUUUAAGUAUUUUUCUUUCGUUCUUUCUCAAUACUUUCUUGCUUUCAUUCUAUCUUCCCUUCGUUCUUAUUUUCUUGCCUUAUUUUCUUUUUUUGUUUAUCCCAUUCUUUCUCUUUUAUUCUUCCUCUUUUCUUUUUUUUUUACCCAUUUUCUCUUUCUUUGUUUUCUUGCCCUCUUUUCAUUUUAUUGCCAAAUUAUUUGUUCUUCCAACCUACUCUUGUGUCGAACCCUUCAUUCCUAG